ACAGGAGGAGCAAACAUUCCAGGCACAGAUGGGGACACUGAAGCCCGACUGGUGAAGUCACUUGCCAAGGUCACACAGCUAAUGCCAAGCUCUGGAGUUUGUUUGUUUGUUUUUUGCUGCGCCUUGCGGUAUGUGGGAUCUUAGUUCCCCGACCAGGGAUCGAACCUGUGCCCCCUGCAGUGGAAGCGUGGAGUCUUAACCACUGGACCACCGGGGAAGUCCUCAAGCUCUGGUUUUUGUUAACCUCAGUAUUCCUGGCUCCUAGAACAGUGCCUCACACACAGCUCCAGGGAGCAGAGUGAAGGCGAGGGAGACAAUGGUCUCUGUAACUAUGGCCACUUCCGAGUGGAUCCAGUUCUUUAAGGAAGCCGGCAUUCCUCCGGGACCUGCUGUCAAUUACGCAGUGAUGUUUGUGGAUAAUAGGAUCCAGAAGAGCAUGCUGCUGGAUCUCAACAAGGAAAUCAUGAAUGAGCUGGGCGUGACUGUGGUGGGCGACAUCAUUGCCAUCCUCAAGCAUGCCAAGGUGGUGCACCGCCAGGACAUGUGCAAAGCUGCCACUGAGUCGGUGCCCUGCAGCCCCAGCCCCCUUCCAGGCGAGAUUCGCCGAGGCGCCUCUAGCGCCGCCUCCCGGAUGAUCACCAACAGCCUGAACCGAGACUCCCCACCCGGCACUCCCCCCAGGCGGCCGGACACCAGCACCUCCAAGAUCUCUGUCACCGUGUCCAACAAGAUGGCAGCAAAGAGUGCCAAGGCCGCUGCAGCCCUGGCCCGCCGGGAGGAGGAGAGCUUGACUGGUCCCACCAAGCGGCGCCGGGUCACGGCCGAGAUGGAGGGGAAGUACAUUAUCAACAUGCCCAAAGGCACCACCCCCCGGACCCGGAAGAUCCUGGAGCAGCAGCAGGCAGCGAAAGGUCUCCACAGGACGUCUGUGUUUGAUCGCCUUGGCGCCGAGACCAAGGCAGACACGACGACGGGGAAUAAACCCACAGGAGUCUUCAGCCGCCUGGGGGCCACCCCAGAGAUGGACGAGGAUCUGGCUUGGGACAGUGACCACGACAGCAGCAGCUCUGUCCUGCAGUAUGCCGGCGUCCUGAAGAAGCUAGGCCGGGCCCCAGCCAAAGCCAGUCCCCAGCCCGCACCAACUGUCAAAGCCAAGGCCACCAGCUCGGCGGCAACGGCUGCCGCCCCAACGCUGCGGCGCCUGGCUUUUUCCUCACGACCUGGGCUCGAGAGGAAGCCGGAGUCCCUAUCCAAAGUCAGCAUCAUCCAGAGACUGGGCAAGGCUGCCCUUGUGCCGGAGGCCCAGGACAGCCAGGUCACGAGCACCAAGAGUAAGUCCUCGGCUGAGGUCAAGGUCACCAUUAAGAGGACUCUGGUGGGGCCCCGGGGGAGCAGCUCCAGCGAGGGCCUUGGUGCCCAGAUGGACCACGCGGGCACUGUGAGCGUGUUCAAAAGACUGGGCCGCAGGACCUUCUAGCCCAAGGGCGGGGCGCAGGCCCCUCUCCAGACUCCAGGCUCCAUCAGAGUCUUCAGCGAGGGCGCGCUCACCCCUCCCUGCCGGCUGCUGGAUGACACUGCUUGUCUCCCUCAGGCAUUCUGCCAGCCUGAGCUCUCUGGGUAUUCACUCGGUUUUUCUGAGUCUGAGAUGGUCAUUGUGGCCCGGCCUUGCCGCUCUGGGACUUUCCCUUCUCUCCCGUCCUCUGUUCUCUCCUCUCUGACCGUGGCCUUGGCAGGACCCACUUUUCUACCUCUCCGAGUGCCAAGUGCCCUUUUCCUGUCCUCCAUCCCCCAUCCUCCCUCUCAGCAACAUCUGCGGCCUCAAACCCCGGCUCCGGGCCUCCCUGUCCCCCAGGGUGGGUGUCGUCUGAAGGGGCUCCCGUAUCAUACCCCCUCCCCCCCGACUGCCUCACUUCCCUCCCUCCUCUGCCCCCCCCCCCGAUGCUUUGACUUCUCUCUCUCCGUCUCUUCACUCUGUUCAUUUCUUUUCUGUUUUCUGUCCCUGUGGCAAGGCCCGACUGUCCGCUGCGUCCUGCCUGACCCUCCUGCACCUCCGGCCUCCCAGCGGCCCCCUCGUCGGCGGCGGUGGCGUCGAGCCUGUAGAGACUGUUAGCCGCCGUCACUCCUAGGCUGGAGGGACCUCCCCAGACCCCAGGCUGCAGCUGGGGCACCUGCCUGGGCAUCUUUUUCCCUGAAAGUCGGUGGCGGGUGGCGGGUAAGGGGCACUAAGAAGGGAAGCCAGCACCGAGAGAAGAAAACAGCUAUUUUAAUAUAUUUUUGUGACUUUCAGACCGUUUCCCUCCCCUCCUUCAGGGCGAGUCGCAGGACUGUUUUUCACAUGAAGCACAGUGUGGGCGGGGCACCCACGAAGUGUUGGGCCUCGUCUCUGAGGGUCAAGCUCCCCACAUACAUAGGUAGGCCAUGUUUUUGCUGCAGGCCCUGAGGUGAAGGGAGUCACGGUCAUGGUCAUCAUCUAGUUGGGCCUCCUCCUCCCCUCGGCAACCCGCAGGGCUUCUGUUCCUCUGCCCUCCCCUUCCACAGAUUUCCCCUGUUUCUGCCGCUCUGCCUGUGGAUGGCUUUCCAGACUGCAGGCUUCAUUUGUGUGGGUGCCUUGACCGUUCCCCUACUCACCACUGCAUAGCACCCACUCUGUGCCAGGCCUGUUCUAGGAGCUGGGGAUCCAUCCAUGAGCAAGGCAGACAAGUCUCUUCCCGCGUGGCUGACCUCUCUAGCCAGGGAGACAGGCAGUAAAGUAAUCAGUAAAUCACAAUUUGCCAUUUGAACCAUUUUUAAGUGUACUGUUCAGGGGGUGCCCAAAGACUUGGAAGGGUGACUGCAAGUGACCAGGACCUCUUUAGAUGUUUGGGGCAAGAAGGCCUUUCAGAGGAGGUGACCUGUGGGGUGGUCUAUGUGCAGUUCAGGAGGAGAGCGUUGAGGCAGAGGAAAACAGCCAGGGCCACAGCUCUGAGGGGGGACAGAGAACACGGAGAGCACCAGCGUGGCUGGCAGGUCAGUGAGGGGCCGGAGGAAUUCGGACCUCAUCCCAAGAGCGCUGAGGAGUUUGGGAGGGUCUAAAGCAGGCAAGUGAUGAUCUGAGUUGCCUUUUACGAAGAUCGCUUGGGCCACU